AUGUCUACCCAAAACGCUCCCCGUUGCACCCGUCCAUCAAAUGCAACCACUCGGCCUGGCCAGAUAGUGCUUGACGCAAAGAUCAAGAGGUGUACCAAGGCACAAAAGGCCACCGCCAACCUUACCCUCAAGGAAGCGCAGGAAGCACAGGAAGCACAGGUCCAAAAAGGGUUGGAGCGCUUAGCUGGUAUGCAAAAUGAGAUGGAGAAAGCGCAGGAAGAAUUACUCAACAAAAAGGUGAUCCCUGUUCGGCCCAAGCCAAGGGCUUGUAAGGCGACUAAACCUGUAGUAAGGAGUGGUGAUGAUCAUACUGACAACAUGAUGGAGGCUGAUGAGGCAAACGACCUCCAGGAGGCUGUCGAGACUGUGGAGGCUGUUGAGAACAUGGAGGAUGGAACCACAGGAGCAAAAAAGAGGAAGGUAACAAAGAAAGGCAGAAAGCUGCUGAUAAAGGACACUAUCAGUAACAUGCAAAAGAAGAUCAACGAAGCACCAUCAAAAUUGGAAAGUGACACUGAUAACGCCAAUAACGUGGCACGUGUAUCUGAUGGGAAAGAUACACCAGCACCAUAA